CUUCUCUCCGCUUGUCUAUCGCCGUCUUGCGGUUCCUUUCCUUCGUUGUCUUGCUUGAUAUACAUACAUAUUACCCCCCGCCCGCCAACCCGCCCGCUUCUUGCUGCCCUGCCUGCCCUGCCUGCCCUGCCCUGCCCUGCCCUGCUGCAUCCACCAGCCCGUCGGCGAAUCUGUCGCUCCCCUGACACUUCGCACCUCGAGCUCUCUCCUUUGAGGCACAGCUGGCACUGCAGGAGACACUCGUGUGCACGCAUUACUUCGAUCCCACUAAUUCCAAUCCCACCCACCCGCCGCCGCCCACGACGCCUGCCGCCGCCAUGUCUGCCAGCCACAUCGCCGCCAACAGGAACAGCACCCCCGAGGGCUCCAGCUCCCUGCGCCCGCCCCAGGCCCGCUCCUCGCUCGGUGCCAACCACCAUCUCCGCGCUUCAGCUGAUCUGGGUGGUUUCCCCUCGCCGCUGGCCAAUCGUGGCAUUCGCCCCGCCUCGGAAAUCUACUUUGGCCGCACCAACACGCAGUCGGGCAACCCCGACGAGAUGGAGCGCGCUGCCCAGCAAUGGCUGGCCGACAUUGACCAGUACGAGACGACGCUCGAGGAAAUGGCCACCGCCACCCUCGACCAGGACUUCAAGGACGAGCUGAGCGCCAUCGAGCAGUGGUUCCGUGUCCUGAGCGAGGCCGAGCGCACCGCUGCCCUCUAUGCCCUGCUGCAGCAGACAACCCAGGUCCAGAUCAGGUUCUUUAUCCAGGUGCUCCAGCAAAUGUCCAAAAAUGUGCCCAUGUCCGGGGUGCUCUCUCCCGCCAACUUUGGCGAGAAGGAUCCAAUGACGCAGAAAUUGAGCGACGCCAUGAGCAAGCUCAACACGGGCGAAAACCGCAAUUCCAUGGGCCUCGGCCGUCCCCCGCCAUCGCCUGGUGCUGGAAAACGCAACUCGGGCCUGGAAACGUCCACCAUCAACCGCAUGUUCCCAGACGCAGCAGCUGCCAUUGCCAAGCAAAAAGCUGAGUUUACCGAUGUGGUUGGCGUUGCCCCCGCGUCCAACCGCAAUAGCACCGUCGGUGACCGCAGUUCGCUCGCCGCCCCAACCAUUUCCACACCCGAGGACAGCAACAAGAGGGAUGCUCCGCCGGCAUCGCCCUGGAACGAAAACCGUCCAAAGUCGUCUGGGCAGCAGCAGCAGCAGCAGCAACAGCCCAUGGGCCAAUUCUCGCAGCCCCCUCCCUCCGCUGGUCUUCGAUCGCCGCGCCUUCCCCUUCAGAACGACGGCAACAGUGUGCAAACUACGACACUAAACACGCUCGAGGCAAACUCGGCCAACAUGCCGCUCCUUUCGCCUUCGUACCAGCCAGGUGGCAGCUGGGCGUCGCAACUUAGCACGCCCAUGGUCGCCAACUUCAACCAGUCGAGCAACCAGGCCGAUAUGGUCGCCAAUGCCACGGCCAUGAAGCUGGCCGCACUCUCAACGGUCAACAACCGUAUUCAGCUCGACGAUGUGCGCAAGUUCCGUCGCGCUCGCUCCUCGGACAACGGGCCCAUGUCGCCUGGUAUGCCUCAAAUGGGUAAUGGUAACAUUCUCAUGACAAACGAGAUGGGCCAGGUAUUAACUCCACAACAAGCUGCUGCUCUUCAGGCGCAGCAAUUGGCGGCGAUGAACGGUCGCCGAUCUCGCCCAAGCUCGCCUGGCUUCGCAAUGCAGGGCCAGGCCAUGGGGGCCAUGGGCAGCUUCACUUCUCCCCAGGCCAACGGUUUCCUGGCUGCGGAUUACGGGGGCGCAAUGAUGAACAACGGCAUGGGCUCUCUCAACCUUGCUCAAUUCGGCCUGGGUAGCGGCAGCAAUGACGGACAUGGCUUCCUUGGCGACAACAUUGAUCGCGGCCGAUCUCCCCGAGGCCGCCGCGGCAGCUCCAAGCCGCCGGAGGACCCCACCGACCCUGGUCUGCUUUCGGACAUUCCCAACUGGCUUCGGAGUCUCCGGCUGCACAAGUACACGGAUAAUCUCAAGGACCUCAAGUGGCAGGAGCUUAUUGAGCUCGACGACGAGGGCCUGGAGAAGCGCGGAGUCAAUGCGCUCGGUGCGCGUAGGAAGAUGCUGAAGGUUUUCGAGCAGGUGAAAGAAGCUCAGGAACAGGGCAAGCUGCGAUAGACCCGCAGUUCGCCCCUCUGGACUCCCAUGCGUGAACGAGUUCGCCCAAAUUAUAGAUAUACGAUGGAAAAGCAACAACUUCCAGCUGGUACGGACGUGUAUACUACGCCGUCAGGUCUGGAACACAUACGAUUACAUGCUUUGUGCGCGGAGACCCGACUUGGACGUUGCUAUGUUGGCCCGUCGUAUGUUGAAGACUGCCUACACUGAUUUCUUUCUUUUUUUUUCUUUUUUUUUCUUUUUUUUUUGCGCAUGUAUUACUGUGGUUAUUUCUAGUGUAUGGUUAGGGUAGAAUGGGCCGAAAACUGGCAAAAUUAAUGAUGCGACUUGUAUGGUAUAGGCAUCCAAGG